UGUCACCCUUCAAUCCAGUUAUAUUUGAUAUUUGCUGCGUGUGUGUCUGAAUCGUAUUCCUUGCAAGAUAGAAGGGAAAAGAAAGAAUCAUGUCUCCUUCAGUUUGCCCCGCGAACAACGUGGAAAUCGUUGAGAUCCGUCAGGAGAACUUUGAAUUCUCCUUGGCGGAGGAUAUCUAUAACGGUAUCAAGUUGUCGGAGAAUGGGACACGUUCGUUGCCUACAAUGCUCCUCUAUGACGCCAAAGGUCUCAAUCUGUUCGAGGAGAUCACUUAUCUGGACGAGUACUACUUGACGAACACCGAGAUCGAGGUGCUGGAGACUCAUGCACAGCGGAUCGUCGAGCGCAUUCCAGCCAAUGCACAAUUGGUGGAGCUAGGUAGCGGGAAUCUUCGUAAGAUCGAGAUCCUACUCAAGGAAUUCGAGAGGACGGAAAAGCAUGUCCACUACUACGCUCUGGAUCUUUCUCUAUCGGAACUAAAGCGUACCUUCUCCGAGAUUCCUGUUGAUCAGUUCGAGUUUGUGAAACUUCAUGGCCUCCACGGGACGUAUGCCGAUGCCCUCACAUGGCUGAGCAAUCCUAAGAACCGCACGCGCCCUACUGGCGUAAUAUCAAUGGGUUCUUCUCUGGGAAACUUCAGUCGACCAGAUGCCGCCAGCUUCUUACACGGGUUCUCUCGACUUCUGGGCCCGUCGGACUUCAUGGUACUGGGUCUUGACGGGUGUAAAAACACUGACAAAGUGUACAAGGCUUACAAUGAUUCAAGAGGUGUCACGCGACAAUUCUAUGAGAAUGGGCUGGCUCAUGCAAAUGAGGUUCUGGGAUAUGAGGCCUUUAAGCCCUCUGAGUGGGAGAUCGUGACUCGUUACAAUGAAGAAGGAGGUCUACACCAAACCUUUGUCCGCCCAAAAUGCGACGUGACUAUCAACGGAAUCAAGAUUAGCAAAGGGGAGAAUCUACUUUACGAGGAAGCCUUCAAAUACGACCCUGCAGAGCGGGAGUCAUUGUGGCGCGAUGCGGGUUUGAUACAUAAUGUGGCAUUCGGCAACACUUCAGACGACUACCAUAUCCAUAUGCUGUCACCGGCUAAUCUCGACUUGCCAACAAACCCGUUGGAAUAUGCAGCAAGCCCCAUACCUAGAAUGGAGGAGUUCCAGUCACUUUGGACUGCCUGGGAUAUUGUCACCAAGGGGAUGGUGCCUGGUGCAGAAUUGCUUUCAAAACCGAUCAAUCUUCGCAACGUUCUCCUCUUCUAUCUAGGACAUAUCCCCACAUUCUCAGAUAUCCAUGUAACGCGAGCGCUGCGUGGAAAGCUCACGGAGCCAAGACACUACCAACUGAUAUUUGAGCGUGGCAUUGACCCUGAUGUGGAGGAUCCUGAACAAUGUCACGCCCACAGCGAGAUUCCAGACCAAUGGCCUCCUCUCGUUGAGAUUCUGGAGUAUCAAUGGAAGGUUCGAAGCAGAAUCCAAUCCGUGCUGCAAUCAGGCGGAUUGAAACACAACAGAACCCUUGGUGAAGCACUUUGGAUCGGGUUCGAGCAUGAGAUCAUGCACCUCGAAACAUUCCUCUACAUGCUUCUUCAGAGCGAUAAAACCCUACCUCCUCCUGGGGUUGAUACACCAGACUUUGAGAAGAUCUUCCGCGAGGCAAGAAAACAAGCAACGCCUAAUCAGUGGUUUGUGGUUCCCGAGCAGACCCUCCUGAUCGGCCUCGACGAUAAGGAUGACGGUGUUAUCCCUCCAGUGUCCUUUGGUUGGGAUAACGAAAAGCCACAACGUACCGCCGCUGUUUCCGCCUUUGAGGCUCAAGGCCGGGCGAUCACAAAUGGCGAAUAUGCGGAGUAUCUGGAAGCGAACCAUAUCGAGCAGAUUCCAGCAUCUUGGGUGCUCGCUGGUUUCAACGGAGCUUGCCACGUCUCGAACAAGAGUGGCAGCAACAGUUCUCUCCGCCCGAACGGUUUCCUGUCUUUAUAUACAGUGCGCACAGUGUUUGGUCCAGUAUCCCUAGAGCUAGCGCAGGACUGGCCUGUCGUCGCCUCUUAUGAUGAGUUGGCCGGCUAUGCAGAGUGGGUGAAGUGCAGAAUCCCCACCUACGAAGAGGUCCGAAGCAUCUAUCAAUAUUCCGAACAGCUGAAACAUGCUACAACCCCCCCCAAAACCAAUGGCCAUGGCACCAGUAACGAGUCUAACAGAAUUAAAGGUGAGACCAACGGCACCAAGCCCUAUUCAAAAGACCAUCACCAGCCUGUCCGACCGCCCGUGUCCAGCACCUCACCGGUCUUUCUUGAUAUCGAGGGCUGCAACGUCGGGUUCAAACACUGGCACCCUACACCUGUGAUCCAAAAUGGAAACAAGCUUGCUGGUCAGAGUGAGCUCGGGGGUGUAUGGGAAUGGACCAGUACGCCGCUCGUACCGCAUGAUGGGUUCAAGCCCAUGGACGUCUACCCGGGCUACACAGCGGACUUUUUUGACGGAAAGCAUAAUAUUGUCCAGGGUGGUUCGUGGGCGACCCAUCCGCGGAUUGCCGGAAGGACCUCGUUUGUCAACUGGUAUCAGCAUAAUUAUCCAUACGCAUGGGCAGGAGCACGGCUGGUACGCGAUCUCUGAGCUUGAAACGGUCUCCUUAAGACUCCUCCUCCCUGGACCCUGUAUGGCUCUAUUCUACCGAAAAAGAACCCUCGGCUCUUGAAUACUUGCUGGUGUCUAGUGCUCUAGUCUUUCCAAGGAUAUUAUUACUCUGCCUGUCUCAUAACCAAAUAAUAUGAUCAGUAUACUACCUGUAGUGAGGGGCAUAUUUUAG